AUGGAGUCUUCGGGAAAUCUUAAGAGCGCCGGCACGUGGCGGAGAUACAAGCUCGGACAAGCACAGUUCACGAGCUGGCUAAAACGGACUGCCGAAAAGCUCUCGCCGCGCACUGACAACAAGGCAAACGAGGAUGCGACAGCACUAGCACCACCACAGCAAUCGCAAUCGCGCCGCCAGAAGAAGAGAGCAGCGGCAAUUCAUGUCGCCGACAACGCAGAACCAGACGAAAUCCCCGAUGCUGCAAUCAACAUCCUCCGCGACGUCGUCGGGCUGCGCAAAAAGAGCUUCAACUUCUUCACCAGCGCUGCCCAAGAUGCCGACGACAACAAGCUGAAGCAAAGCAACGAAAACCACGCACACAUCAUCCGCGUCCUCGAGCGUGUCCUCGCAAAACUCGAGGCGCUGGUAUCAAAUGCAAGCGGCAGAGAGCCCAAAAACCAGUCGGGUGGCCAGGCCAGGAUCAACACGUCGGAUUUGACCAAUAUGUUCGCCCACCUCCAGGUACAGCCAGCUCCAGACUCUGCAGAUGAAGAUAGCGGAGCAUUGUCCAACGACGACAGCAAGGUCGCCAAGUCUGGCAUGCGACCCCAAAAGGGAGCGAAAAAGACGGCCACAAAAAAGACGGCGAAGCCCGACAGGAAGUCCUCGAAAGCCCCGGCCAAGAAGAAGGGCAAGGGCUCCUGGAUUGACAAAGUCAGUUUCGGCACCACUUCGAUGGAUGACGACCAAGAGGAGGACGAGUUCGAUCUCUACAUGAUGAUCUACUGCUUCUUCGAAGACUUCAAUGCCAUCCGAAGCUAUGUUGCGGAGCGGUGGUGCGAUUAUUGGUAUGAUCGCUCAGUGCCACUUGACACGCUAGCUGUCGUUACCAACGCUGCCUUUGAGCUCUUCCAUCUGCUGGAGAUGGACCUGGUCAAGACACUGAAGCCCCUGGGCUCGAAACUGUCUAAUUUCGGAUUCAUGUUGAACAUGCUCUUCAUCAAUUUUGGCCUCGAACAUAUCGACUACGAGUCGUACGAAGAACUUACCGAAGACGAACAAAACGAGCGAAUUUGGAGAGACGAAGCCGACUGGCUUGCUUUCACAUCCUACAGCACCUUGCAGAUGGUGCGGACUGAGUUCCCGCCGCGGAAAGUCCCCAUGUUUCCUCCGUCCAUGCUAGAACCAAUCGUCUAUGGUGCCAAUGAUGUGAAGGCAUGGCGGGACUUCCAGAGCAGCAUUACCAAAACUAUCAUCUGCGAAGGUGCUCACCUCAAAGCCCUCAAGACGAACUUGCAAGAACCGCCAAUCCUCCCGGCUGAGUCUGAGCUUUUGGUGGAUUUCCAAAACUUUUUAAGGACGUACGAAAUCACAGCUGCGCUUACCUUCUCCCUGCAUCUGUGGGUUGACAUUCGCUUCAUCAUGGAGACAGAUGUUAUCUGCCCCUUUGAACAGCUUCAGUCAACUGCCGCAAGGCUCAAAGAGGCGCUUGAGUCGCACAAUCCUAGCUCCAUAAGCAAGAACCGAGGCCUCAAGAAGGAGUGGCUCACACGAGCCAAGGAAACCAACCACUACAUGCUAGAGGACUUUGCUUUUAUGGAUAAGAAAGCUAGGUCUCUCCAGAAAGGCAUCGACGAGGAUCCCGAGACCUUCGCUUUGAUGAAGAACGAGCCAGUGUGGACGGGUUUGCUCGAUUUCCCGGCCAAGCUGGUUCAUAGUCAAAUGGGUCACCAGUUUGUCAUGCUCGCCCCCGCCGUGGAGGCCGCAGCGUAUGUUUACCACGCUGCACUUUUGGCGGAACCUGGCCUUCCUGAGUGGCUCGCGAUGCGGCAGUUUGUCGAGACACAUGUCGAUAGCUCCCAGUUCAGGACCGGGUUACGGGAGCCAUCAGAGCCUGCAGCCCUUUUGAAGAAAUUCGAGGACGUGCUGGCUUCCCGCCCAGAAACGGAAACGGGCCUUGAUACUGGGGAUGGUGGCAGGCUAUUCACGUCAGCGAUCGGCAUUCGGAAAAGUCUCUACAAUCGAUAUGCCCAGGAAGAAAGGGAUAACCACUACUUCAUGGAGUAUCUCGAGGAGCUCACCAUGCACCGCCUGCAAAUCGAGCGCAGUGUCUGGGAGCAGCGAGAAAACCGCGGAAUGCUUGUUGGUUCAAUGGACGAACCGAGCGACAGUGCUCAUCCCAAUGGGAGUAUCGGCGGAAAGGCGCUGGUCAGGCGCUCGACAGCGACUGCAAGUCUCGACGAUGACAAGGAAAGGGGGUUGCAGCGCAGGGCAGCGAUGUCUCAGCUGUCGCCCCUCGAGAUGCUGCAACUGCUCGACGGCACCGUUACAUCUCAACUGGAAGGGUUGCUUACGCUCGACUACUUCGGCUUAUUCGAUGCGUCGGUCGCGUUGCUGAAGGCCACCAACGAUGCACUUGGGCCAGAGAUGCAACGACGAGUUGGCUAUGAGGGCGGCGGGCAAUUUACCAACCUCUGCCGCUUGCCUCUGUAUCUCAGCGAAGAUCUAGCAUCACCGGCCUACAAGGAAAAGGAGUUGUCAAUCGUCGAUGUUCUGGUCAAAGUAUGCAAGGCGCAACUGGCCAAGCUCGAAAAAGGCAAGGACGAGGCCGCUUCGACGGCAUGA